CUUGUACGACAUAGAUGCUGUGAUUGAAUCAACGGCCCUGACGCAUUCUUCAAAUUUCUGCGUGACUGGCGUAUUUUGUCAGUUGCGUUUGUUCCUCGCUUCUCAACUGUUUAUACUUGUCUUACCUCAGUUCACGUUCACCAUCACAAAAAGAAGCUCAGUAAGCCAGCUUUAAGUACUACCGACUGGUAUAAAAUACCUAGUUCGGACAGAGUUCUGUGCUGCUGCAGAACUCCGCAACUCACUUCCAGCCUAGUGACUCCACCUCGAUACGUGCAUAUUAAUGUUUCGUGAUUGAAUGGAAUUCAUGUGGAAUAAGGCAGAACGAUUCAAAUGGAUGAGCCUUUUCUUCAUUGGUGCACUUGGACUUUAUGCCUCGCGUGCAAUUAUGCCUAUCGCUUCGGUGGACAUCGCUUCAGAAAUGAAAUGGACGCGUAGGGAAAUGUCUUUUCUUUUCUCUAGGGUUUCAUGAUGGGUGUCUUCUUUUGGGGUUAUGCUGUCACCCAGUAUCUCGGUGGUUAUUUAAGCGAUAUGUUUGGCGGAGAGGUUGUGAUUGCAAUCAGCUCACUUGGAUGGUCGUUACUAACCAUUUGUUUUGUAUGGCUGCCAAGUAUCAACUUUGGCAUUUAUAAUGUAUAUGGAUUUUUCAUCGUCACAAGAUUUUUCUUAGGAGUAUUUCAAGGAUUUUAUUAUCCAAGUUUAGCAAGUUUAAUGGCUAAUCGUGUACAAGUAGCCGAUAGAAAUUUCACUUUUGCUGUUAUCAGUGCUGGUGCACAUUUAGGUACCCUUUUAUGUGGAUCAUUAGGUUCCUACUUGGUGACUACAGAAGGUUGGAGAACUCCAUUCUGUUUGAUCGGAUUACUGUUUCUUGCAUGGUCUUUUAUUGUGUAUUGUAUUGCUAGCCGUAGUGCAUGGAAGUUACGCAGAUUGCAUUUAAUUCUUCCAAGAAUUUUAGCAAAUACCUAUAUAGCUAGUAAAGAUGUAUUGUUAACAAGUCAUGGACGACAGGAUUUAAAUAAUGAAGAGAAGAUCAUGCCAUCAGAAUCAAAAUUUGUGUAUAUAAAGUCAGAAAUUUUUCAGGAAAACUUGUCAUCUAAAACACAUACAACACCUUUAAAUUGGUCCAUUCUAUUAAGAAAUAAGCCGUUUUGGGUUAUGCUUUUGGCUAAUUUUGUUCACAAUAAUACAUUUUAUAUCAUUCUCAACUGGUGUCCCUCCUACUUUCAUGAUAACUAUCCGGAUGCACGGAGUUGGGUUUUUAACAUGGUCCCGUGGUUUAUUAUCUUCCCGUCCACCUUGGCUGCUGGUGCAUUAGCGGAUCACUGGAUAAAGGCUGGUUUUUCUGUGACUUUAGUGAGAAAGAUAAUCACCACAGUUGUACUAUUGGGAUCAUCGUUAUUCCUUUUUAUUCUCUCAUCACUGGAUAAUUAUUAUGGAUCUUUGAUAUGUAUGGCAUUUGCAUUAGCUUGCUUAGGUUUUCACUGUAGCGGUGUACUUUUAAAUCCCCAGGAUAUGGCGCCAAAUCAUGGUGGUCAACUAUACGGAAUAAUGGCCACUGUGGGUACUUUUCCAGGAUUCGCUGGCGUCUAUAUGGUCGGCUAUCUACUGGAGACCACAAAUCAAUGGUCUGUGAUAUUUAUCCUCACUGGUAUGAUCAGUAUAGUUGGCUGGAUCGGAUAUAUUUUGUACGGAUCAUCAGAGGUGAUUUUAUAAGAAUUAUUAUUAUUACUAUCAGUCACUGACAUUCUUUCUCCCUUUUGCUUGCUAUGCACUACUCAUGUACACACUACCACUGAAACUGUAUUUUCUUGUUCAAUUAUAUAUAUUCAAAUGUUAUUUUGUUAUAAAGCAUAGAAGUAUUAGCAAAAAAUGAACUGCAGCAUUGCAUUGUGUGAUAACAGAUUUCUUAACGUUCUAAGUUAAAUUGUGUUCUCCUUAUUUUUUGCUCAUGAUGCGUUCGCCUUUCACACAGUCCUUACAAAAACCCUAAAUACACUUUUUCAUGUUUGAAGAUUGUUUUUCUAAUUUAAGCUGUACAUUGUUUGUUCAUUCUUAUGAGUUAUUACUACUAUUACUGUUACUAUUAUUAAUUAUUAUUAAAUUUUUGGUUCUCAUAUCUACUAAAUGCCUUUUUUGAUUAACUAGUCUAGUUAUUGUUUAUUUUAUUUUCUUAUUUGUAAAUGUUUAUUAACUAUUUUUUUCUUCUGUUCGUUUGUUUGUUUGUUUAUUUGAAUACAGCGUUUUCUGUUUCUUUUCUAUUCAACUGUAAAUAUAUAGAGUGUUCG